AUGUCGCCGUCAGGCGUUUGGAUUAUUAUUGUUGUUGUUCUUACGAGAACAUGGUUUGAUGAAUCUCUGUUUCCUCGACACAUCGCAAGUGCCUCAUCUAUCUCUACCGGGUAUCGCGACCCCACGGUCCUGAAAAUCCACCUGUCACGGGAGGAUAGUCUCAACAAAGACAUUACACCAUUGGCAUCGAAUGGCCACGGGACGGCAAAUGGAGGAUCGAACAGAGCGCCAACCUGGUGGAGACAUCCCCAGCUCUCCCGUGCGUUCCGUGAAUCUCACUAUAGUUGGGUACGGUCUCUGCUCUGGGCUGCCGCUGUGCUGGCUCCAGUUCUCUUGCUCAAGACCUCCCGUCACAUAUCAGAUGUCGUUUUUCGAAUCUUCAGCCAGGUCAUCUUGCGAGCCACUCUCAAGCUCAUAAGUGGAGCAAAGCAAUUGAAUCAUUCCAGAGUUUCAUCCACGGAUUUAGUCGGUUGGAAUGGAGGUGGAUAUGCUCACGCUUCAUUUGAAAUUUCAAGGGCAGACACCAAAUUGUGA